ACCAGUAAUUGAUGUUUGGUUUAAAUUGUAGAGAAUCACAAAACGACUUUUAGUUUUGGGUUGAAAUUUAUUUUGAGUUGAAAAUGAGUCGGUUAAUGCAAGUUUAUCGAAGUUUUGUUACAUCACAAAGGGUUCCUAACAAGCCAUGGGUUCAAUGGAAAACUUACAGUUCAGCCUCUGCCUCAGUGUUAAAAGAUGAUAAGACAUUUGAUAAAAUACUGAUCGCAAACAGAGGGGAAAUUGCCUGUCGGGUGAUGCGAACAUGCAAAGACAUGGGCAUAAAAACUGUUGCAAUACAUAGCGAAGCAGACGCCAACUCUGUCCAUACUUUAAUGGCAGAUGAAGCAGUAUGUGUUGGCCCUGCACCUUCAGCACAAAGUUACUUAAAUAUGCCGGUUAUUCUCGAUGCCAUUAAAGCCACUGGAGCACAAGCAGUUCAUCCUGGUUAUGGAUUUUUAUCAGAAAACAAGGAAUUCGCAAAGACUUUGGCAGCAAAUAACGUUGCAUUCAUCGGCCCUGAUACUUUCGCCAUCGAUGCCAUGGGUGAUAAAAUUAAGUCAAAACUUAUCGCUAAAGAAGCGGGUGUAAACACAAUACCUGGGUAUGAUGGGGUAGUGGAAAAUGUGGAGGAUGCCGUCAAAAUUGCAGAGGAAAUUGGGUAUCCUGUGAUGAUCAAAGCAUCAGCUGGAGGAGGAGGAAAAGGGAUGAGGAUCGCUUGGAACGAGAAAGAGACUCGUGAGGGUUUCCGUUUUUCGUCACAAGAGGCAGCAGCGAGCUUCGGAGACGAUCGAUUGUUGAUUGAAAAGUUUAUCGACACGCCAAGACAUAUUGAAAUGCAGGUGCUUGCUGAUGGUUAUGGCAACACCUUGUGGCUGAAUGAACGAGAAUGUUCAAUACAAAGAAGAAACCAGAAAGUUGUUGAAGAAGCUCCUUCAAUUUAUUUAGACCCAACCACAAGGGAAGCUAUGGGGAAACAAGCUGUAGCAUUGGCUGAAGCUGUGCAAUAUAAAAGUGCAGGCACCGUUGAGUUUCUUGUUGAUUCAAAGAAAAAUUUUUACUUUCUUGAAAUGAACACGAGGUUGCAAGUUGAACAUCCUGUUACUGAAUAUAUCACUGGUGUUGACUUAGUUAGUGAGAUGAUCAAAGUAGCUGCAGGUCACCCACUCUCAUUGACACAAGAUCAAAUAGGAAUAAAUGGAUGGGCAAUGGAGUGCAGAGUCUACGCAGAGGACCCUUAUAAAUCAUUCGGACUUCCUUCUAUUGGGAAGUUAACACGAUACGUUGAACCCACUCACUUAGAUAAUGUCAGAGUGGACAGUGGAAUUACUGAAGGCAGCGAUAUCAGUAUUUACUAUGACCCUAUGAUUUCAAAGCUUGUCAGUUAUGGUAAAGACCGUAGUGAAGCGAUCGACAAAAUGAAGACGGCGCUCGAUAAUUACGUGAUACGAGGUGUCAAACAUAAUGUUCCACUUUGUCAUGAAGUCUUAAGCAACCCUAUGUUUAUUGAAGGCAACAUCAGCACCAAUUUUCUAAUGGAGGUUUAUCCAGAUGGCUUUAAUGGCAAAAUACUUAACGUAAACGAACACAAUGAACUGUGUGCUAUCGCCUGUGCAUUCUAUGCAAAACAACAGCAUGGAAACAGGCAAUUUAUUAAUCAGACAAGAAUGCCAAAACUUGCUGAUGAUGUAAAUAAAUGGAAAGUUGAAGUUCAACUUGGGGAGGAAAAAUCUUCUGCUGUUGUUGAGAAAACCACAGAUAGUUAUACGGUAACCAUGGGCAACAAUACAGUGAACAUUUCAUCAGACUGGAGUUUAACGAACCCAACGCAACAUAUUUCCGUCAAUGGUGGAAACAAGUUUACUGUGCAGUGUUUGCAAGCUAGCCCUACUGGCCAGUUUCAAGUCCAAUAUCACGGAACUCUGUUUAAUCUUCAAGUUCUAGACAACACUGUGGCAAGUCUGAAAAAGUUCAUGCCUGUUAAAAUCCCGGAAGAUUUGUCUUCAGUUAUUAAAGCUCCAAUGCCAGGCACCGUUUUUUCAAUUGCUUGUUCUGUUGGAGAUAUAGUGACAGUAGGUCAGGAAGUUUGCAUUGUAGAAGCUAUGAAGAUGCAGAACAGUUUAACUGCAACCAGGGAUGGAAAAAUAAAAGCAAUUCACUGCAAUGCUGGUGACAGUAUCGCAGAAGAUGAUCUUUUGAUUGAAUUAGAGUGAUUUUUUGCUUCCUUAUUUAUUGCACUUUUCUAAAUUAUGGUCUGGUAUGUGCUGUACAUCAGGGUUAAAUAAGCAGUGGUGUUAAUUUUUUUUAAAUUCUUUGGGUUACAACAAUAAAAUAGGUAAACAUAGCAAUACAAAGUUGUUGAAAUUAAGACAAUAGAAAGUUGUUUUUUUAGUUGGAAAAUCUAUGGGUUGCUGCAACCCUUUGCAAAAAUCUCAGCAUAAGCUUAUAUGCCUUUUGUAUACAAAUCGAUGCCACUCUUUUAACUAUCGGUAAAUGAAAUAUUGUUACGUACAAGUGUAUUACUUAACAGACAGGGAGCCCCCUUGCCUAUACCUAUCUCAUGAUCUGAAGUUGUAUUUAAAUGUUUGCAUUCCUCAUAUACACAAUGUGUCAAGUUUAAUUUAAUCAAACCGCAAUGUUUUCCUUUUGUUCCUGGUGCCUCGUCGCGCAAGUUUCAAUUUUCCUAGGUAAUAAAUCGUAUGGGAUAUUUGAAA